GCAAGAAAUUCGCCAGUACAGUCCCUCGCUCGCUACCCUUCCCCUCCUCCUCCCUCUCGUCCACGAACGACGCCCCGCCGGCCCAAUUCCUCUUCUCUCUCUCCAUCUUUGUCUUCUAAUUACCAUUUCAUUCAUUUCCCUCUAAUUAUUCCCAAUAACGAAAACAAGAAGCUUAAAGUAGUGGAAAAAAGUGGUAGUGAGAACUCCUUUGUUCUUAUCACCCUCAAAGCCUUUCCCAAUCGUCUCCAAUCCUUCUUCUAUGUGUAACCCCUCAAUUUGCUCAUAGAAUUCUUGCUUUCUUUCCCAAUUUGAUUUAUUCUUGUGUGGGGAGAUGCCGUAGUAUUUGGAUACAGGGGAGCUGUUGUUAUAUUGGGAGGGUUUUAGGGUUUUUUGGGUGCUUAGGGUUGCCUUUCUUGUAAAUAUGAUCAAGCAGAUUCUGGGCAAGCUGCCACGCAAACCCUCCUCCAAAUCCUCCGCCACCGCCGAUUCCACCGACGGCGUCGUCUCCUCAGCGGGCCCCACCGCCGGCCGAACCCCGAAUUUGAGCUCCGCUGCUGGCAGCAAAGCCGCCCAGGGCAAGAAGUCCUCCUCGGGACCCGCCGGCAGCAACGGAUAUGGCAAUGCCGCGGCCUCCGCGAUGCCGACGCCGAUGUACGAGCUGCUUCCCAGCUUCCGCGAGGUGCCCAGCUCCGAGAAGCCCAAUUUGUUCUUGAAGAAGAUGGCCUUGUGCUGCGUGGCGUUCGACUUUACCGACCCCGGCAAGAACCUCCGGGAGAAGGAGGUGAAGCGGCAGACGCUGCUGGAGCUCGUCGACCAUGUGGCGACGGCCACCGGCAGGUUCAGCGAGGCCGCGAUGCAGGAGUCGACGCGGAUGGUGGCCGCGAACCUCUUCCGCACCUUACCCUCUUCCGGCUCCGACUCCACCUUCCGGGGGCUUCCCGAGGGGUUCGACGCCGAGGAGGAGGAGCCCGCCAUGGAGCCCGCCUGGCCCCACCUCCAGGUUGUCUACGAGUUCCUGCUGCGGUUCAUCGCGUCGCCGGAGACCGACGCCAAGCUGGCCAAGCGCUACAUCGACCACUCCUUCGUCCUGCGGCUGCUCGACCUCUUCGACUCCGAGGACCAGCGGGAGCGGGAGUACCUGAAGACGAUUCUCCACCGGGUGUACGGGAAGUUCAUGGUUCACCGCCCCUUCAUCCGGAAGGCCAUCAACAACAUCUUCUACCGGUUCAUCUUCGAGACGGAGAAGCACAAUGGGAUCGCCGAGCUGCUGGAGAUACUGGGAAGCAUAAUUAAUGGGUUUGCGCUGCCGCUCAAGGAGGAGCAUAAGCUGUUCCUUGUUCGUGCGCUCAUCCCGCUUCACAAGCCCAAGUGUGUGGCCCUGUACCACCAGCAGCUCUCCUACUGCAUCACCCAGUUUGUGGAGAAGGACUUUAAGCUGGCGGAUACUGUCAUCAGGGGGCUCUUGAAGUACUGGCCAAUCACCAAUAGCUCCAAGGAAGUCAUGUUUCUUGGGGAGCUGGAGGAGGUUCUGGAAGCCACGCAGGUCGCAGAGUUCCAGAGGUGUAUGGUGCCCUUGUUCCGGCAGAUUGGCCGCUGCCUGAAUAGCUUGCACUUUCAGGUAGCAGAGCGCACAUUAUUUCUUUGGAAUAAUGAUCAUGUAAGAAGCUUGAUCACCCAAAACCGGAAGGUUAUCCUGCCAAUUAUAUUCCCGGCUCUGGAGAGGAACACCAGGGGACACUGGAACCAGGCUGUCCAGAGCCUGACCCUGAAUGUGAGGAAGCUAUUUUCAGAUGCUGACCAGGAGCUAUUUGAGGAAUGUUUACUAAAAUUCCAAGAAGAUGAAGCCAAGGAAAGGGAGGUACAAAAGACGAGGGAAUUAACUUGGAAGCGCUUGGAAGACGUUGCAGCAUCCAAAGCUGUUAGUAAUGAAGCCGUGCUUGUUUCUCGAAUAGUCUCUUCCCUUAGCAUGGCUUCUUCAAGCUCACGUGCUGCAGUCGGAACGUAAGAAUGCUUGUUUUCACUCUUCUGAUUCGGUACAGGGCAGUGCUGAUCCUUGGUGGGCCGAUUCUGCUGGUUUCUUAUAUGGCAGACAAUCAUGAUAUGAAGAAAAGCGUCUCCGGUUGUAAUCAUUUUGUUUAUUAUCCAUCUUUUUAGGCCAUGAAAAAUGUGUGUAUAAUUAGAAAUUGUUAUAGAGAUAGAACUUUCAGCGGAUUCGGUAUAAUAUUUUAUUUGUUUUCAGACACCUGCGUUCGCGUUCUUUUGGUAGUUUUAUUUUCUGUACUAUUUUGCAUCAAUAUUGGGUUCAUAUUGUUCA